AUGGUCGUAACUGAUAAUUUCUCUUACCAAAGAUUUCUCUCUCUCUCUCUCUCUCUCUCUCUCUCUCUCUCUCUCUCUCUCUCUCUCUCUCUCUGUGCCUCUCUCUCUCUCUGUGUCUCUCUCUCUCUCUCUCUCUCUCUCUGUCUCUCUCUCUGUGCCUCUCUCUCUCUCUCUCUCUCUCUCUCUGUCUCUCUCUCUCUCUCUCUCUCUCUCUCUGUGUGCCUCUCUCUCUCUGUGUGCCUCUCUCUCUCUGUCUCUCUCUCUCUGUCUCUCUGUCUCUCUCUGUCUCUCUCUCUGUCUCUCUCUCUCUCUCUCUCUCUCUCUCUCUCUCUCUCUCUCUCUCUCUCUCUCUCUCUCUCUCUCUCUCUCUCUCUCUCUCUCUCUGUCAUCAGUGUGGUGUCUUUGACGCACAAUAAUAUCAAAUCAAUUGAACUCGACAAUUGGGAAUUCUGCAGUAAACUCUGGGAACUGGAUUUGAGUUACAAUCAACUGACAACAAUCUCGGCUCACUCCUUUGCUCGUUUGAAUUCUCUUCAAUGCCUUUAUUUGGAUCACAACCACAUUGCCCACAUUGAUUCAAAAGCCUUCAAAGAUCUUUCAUCCCUGGAAACUCUAUUCUAUCAUUUGUGCUCUCUCUCCACUCUCCUCCUCCCCUCUCCAUUCCCUCUUCUCCUCUCCCUCCCCUCUUCUCCUCUCCCUCCCUUCUCUUCUCCCUCUCCCCUUCUUCUCUCUCCCCCUUCUCUCUCUUCCCCCCUUCUCUCUCUUCCCCCCUUCUCUCUCUUCCCCCUUCUCUCUUCCCCCCUUCUCUCUUCCCCCCCUCCUCUCUCUUCCCCCUCCUCUCUCUUCCCCCCUCCUCUCCCCUCCUCUCCUCCUCUCCCUCCUCCUCCUCUCCUCCUCUCCUCUUCUCCUCUUCUCCUCUUCUCCUCUCCUCUUCUCCUCCUCUCCCUCCUCCUCUCCUCUUCUCCUCUCCUCCCCUCUUCUCUCCCAUCUCUCUCCAAUAUUUAUUAUUACUCUUCCUCUUUCUUUGUUCUAUUGUAUCUUCUUUACCAUCUUACCCACCUCAUUUCAAUCAAUAAUACCCUCUCUCAAAAAAGAAAUUGUGUCAGUAGGUCUAGAACAAAUGCUAGAUUAGCAAUACUCUGUCCUUCUCUUCCUCCCUAUCUCUCCCCAGCUGACUUUCCAAAGCCUGUGAUCACCAGCCAGCCUAUGUCUCAGAAAGCACUUAAGGGGGAGAAUUUAACUCUCAAUUGCAGUGCUGUCAGCAGCGGAUUCUUUGAUACCAAAUUCCAGUGGAAAAAAGAUAGCAUGAUUCUUACUGAUCCAAAGAUGGACAACUUCACUUCAGUGGAAGGAAAACUGAUUCGCCUGACAAGCCUACUUCAUUUGGAGAAUGUCCAAGACGAGACAGCUGGAAAAUACCAAUGCAUUAUCUCCAACCAUUUUGGUUCUGCUUACUCCCAGAAGGCUAACAUCACUGUCCGUGAAACCCCAUCAUUUACAAGGGCCAUGAUAUCUGAGAAAUUGGUUCGACUGGGAGAGACUACAGUUCUUGAGUGCAUGGCAUCUGGCAGCCCCAAACCCAAGCUAACUUGGCUCAAGGAUAACCUCAUAUUAAAGCCAUCCCGAAGACACUACUUCACUGCAAGUGACCAACUGCUGGUCAUUGUGGAUACUGUCGCCUCUGAUGCUGGCAUUUAUACUUGUGAACUGACCAACACUUUGGGCAUGGAGCGAGGUACUACAAAAUUGCUCAUAUCAAUUUUGCUUCUCUCUCUCUUUUUCUCGUCCACCUCUCUCUUUUUCUCGUCCACCUCUCUCUUUUUCUCGUCCACCUCUCUCUUUCUCUCGUCCACCUCUCUCUUUCUCUCGUCCACCUCUCUCCACCUUGUUUUUCUUAAUAUUGGGGAGGGGGUAGACUCCCUCCACCACCUUCCCUUUCUCUGUUCUAAUUUUUUACCGAUAGAUUGCAAGUGUCAGGUGGGUGGAGAUGGUAAGGUGUGA